AAAGAAAACGAGAGCAAAGAUACCCUACUCCGCCGCCGCUCGUCUCGAUACUGUGCUGGCUCCGCGUUACCGCGCCGUCGCCGUCACCGCCGCAGGACAAGGGCGCGCACCCGUGGCGCUCCGGCGAUCCCCACGCUGCCCCGUUGCAUCAGUGGGAUUAAGAAGGUGUCUAGCAGCUGCGCGCGUCCGCGCUCCCCGCCGACUGCUCGGCGGCGCCGCGAGGGUGCCACCCCCUGCGCAGCUGGUUCUUUAAUAAUCUGACGCUUACCUGUAAUAUGUCAUAUCCUGGGGAAAUGACAGGAAGCAAUAUUAUCCGUCUUCAAUGCUUUCCUAGCAAUAUGGUAAACCAACGAUCUGGUUUCAUCCCUGCAAGAAAUAGAAGGUCACGAAUGACCAGGCACUGCUUAGACCCACGACACCUUUGCAGAUUACCUACUCAAAGGGUUAAUGUUCCAAAUAUCCGACCACUGCCUACUCCCAAUGCUGCAGUAUCCAGGGAUAUUAAUACCCCAUUGGUUGAGGAAUCUGUUACUGAGGUGGAAUCGACCCCACAUGUUUUUCACUUUUAUCGCAAACCAUUUCUCCAAGAGAGCGAAUCUGAAGAGCUACUUAGGAAAGUACAGCAAAAGGUUGCUUGCAACAUUAUUGACAUAAAAACUGAGCAAUGCUUCAAUGUUGAACUGCAGAAGGCACUAACUUCUGAGAAGCUUGCAACACUGCAGUGGCUCCUAUCGGAGACCUAUGAACCUGAGAAAUUACAAACAUGUAGCUUUUUGGAAGACGAAGUUUCUAGAAGCCCUUACUCUGUGAUUGUUGAGGUUGGUCCCCGGAUGGCAUUUUCAACUGCUUUUUCAACCAAUGCUGUCUCAAUUUGCAAAGCUCUAUCACUAACAGAAGUAACCCGCUUGGAGAGGUCUAGAAGAUAUCUUUUGUUCCUUCAGCCUGGGAGUGGUCCGCUUGAUGAAAGUCAACUCAACAGCUUUGCUGCCUUGAUUCAUGAUAGAAUGACAGAGUGUAUUUAUCCUAGCAAGCUCACAUCAUUUCUGGUAGAUGUAGUACCGGAACCUGUCAGUGCCAUACCAGUGAUUGAAAGGGGAAGGGAAGCUUUGGAAGAAAUAAAUGUUAGAAUGGGGCUUGCUUUUGAUGAACAAGAUAUCAAAUACUACACCCACCUUUUCAGAGAUGACAUUAAACGCAAUCCUACUACCGUGGAACUUUUUGAUAUAGCACAAUCCAACAGUGAGCACAGCAGACAUUGGUUUUUCAAUGGUAAACUUGUGAUAGAUGGAGAAACCAUGGCUAGAACUCUGUUUCAGUUAGUGAAGAGUCCCUUGAAAGCCAACCCCAAUAACUCUGUUAUUGGAUUUAAGGACAACUCGAGUGCAAUCAAAGGAUAUCAAGUAAAUCAGUUACGUCCCGCACUUCCAGGUUCCACUUCACCAUUAUCCCUUAUGAUGCGUGAGCUUGACAUUUUAUUUACAGCAGAAACUCAUAAUUUUCCGUGUGCUGUGGCGCCUUAUCCCGGAGCUGAGACAGGUGCGGGCGGUCGUAUAAGAGACACACAUGCCACUGGACAGGGUUCUUUUAUUGUUGCUUCCACUGCUGGUUAUUGUGUUGGUAAUCUUCGAAUUGAAGAGUCAUACGCACCCUGGGAGGAUUCAUCUUUUUCAUACCCAUCAAACUUAGCCUCUCCAUUGCAGAUUCUUAUUGAUGCUAGUGACGGCGCUUCUGAUUAUGGGAACAAAUUUGGUGAGCCUUUAAUUCAGGGUUUUACAAGAAAUUUUGGUACAAGGUUACCAAAUGGAGAGCGUCGUGAAUGGUUGAAGCCAAUAAUGUUCAGUGGAGCAAUCGGACAGAUUGACCAUGUGCACAUCUCGAAAGGAGACCCAGAAAUUGGAAUGCUAGUUGUCAAAAUUGGUGGUCCAGCCUACAGAAUUGGUAUGGGUGGUGGUGCUGCCUCAAGUAUGGUUAGUGGACAAAAUGACGCAGAACUUGAUUUCAAUGCGGUGCAGCGUGGAGAUGCUGAAAUGGCUCAGAAACUGUAUCGUGUUAUCAGGGCAUGUGCGGAAAUGGGAGAAAAGAACCCAAUCAUCAGCAUUCAUGACCAAGGAGCUGGGGGUAAUUGCAAUGUUGUGAAAGAAAUAAUCUAUCCAAAAGGUGCUGAAAUUGAUAUCCGCUCAAUUGUAGUUGGUGAUCACACAUUGUCUGUCUUGGAGAUCUGGGGUGCCGAAUAUCAGGAACAGGAUGCAUUAUUGGUGAAGCCUGAGAGCAGAAGAUUGUUGGAGUCACUUUGUGAGAGGGAAAGAGUAUCGAUGGCUGUCAUUGGGGAAAUAGAUGGCAGUGGGAAAAUUGUUUUGAUCGAUAGCGUUGCUGUGGAACAAGCCAAGUUGAAUGGACUUCCUCCUCCACCCCCUGUUGUGGACCUUGAGCUUGAAAAGGUUUUAGGAGAUAUGCCCCAGAAGACCUUUGAAUUCAACCGAGUUACUCGAUUGGGUGAGCCCUUAGACAUUGCACCUGAGGUCACGUUAAUGGAUGUUCUGAAGCGAGUUUUGAAGCUCCCUUCUGUAUGUUCAAAGCGUUUCCUAACGACGAAGGUUGACAGAUGUGUAACAGGUCUUGUUGCACAACAGCAGACGGUUGGUCCUCUUCAACUACCACUUGCUGAUGUGGCUGUUAUUGCGCAGACAUACACAGAUCUGACUGGCGGUGCUUGUGCCAUUGGAGAACAACCAAUAAAGGGCUUGCUUAACCCCAAGGCCAUGGCAAGACUUGCUGUUGGGGAAGCAUUGACCAAUCUGGUCUGGGCUAAAGUCACAUCCCUUGCUGAUGUCAAAGCGAGCGGUAACUGGAUGUAUGCUGCAAAGCUUGAUGGAGAGGGAGCAGAUAUGUAUGAUGCUGGUGUUGCGCUGGCUGACUGCAUGGUUGAACUUGGCAUUGCUAUUGAUGGAGGAAAGGACAGUCUUUCUAUGGCAGCUCAAUGUGAUGGCGAAGUAGUCAAGGCUCCUGGAAAUUUGGUGAUCAGUGCAUAUGUGACAUGUCCUGAUAUAACUUUGACGGUUACUCCAGAUUUGAAGCUUGGCGAUGAUGGAGUGUUGUUGCACAUUGACCUUGCUAAAGGAAAGCGUCGACUUGGUUGUUCUGCACUCACACAAGCCUUUGACCAAAUUGGAAAUGACUGCCCAGACAUUGAAGAUGUUCCCUACUUGAAGAAAGUCUUUGAUGCUGUUCAGGAAUUACUCAGCGAACGCCUUAUUUCUGCUGGUCAUGACAUCAGUGAUGGUGGGCUCAUUGUCACUGUUCUUGAGAUGGCAUUUGCUGGUAACUGUGGUGUUAACCUGAAUGUAGGCUUAGGAGAUUAUGAUCUUUUACAAGUACUUUUUGCAGAGGAGCUUGGCCUCGUUCUUGAAGUGCACUCAAAUGACCUUGAUGUUGUAAAGCAAAAGCUUCAUGUGGCAGGUGUCUCCGCUAAUGUAAUUGGCAAAGUAACUACAGCACCAGAUAUAGGUCUUGUUGUUGAUGGUGAGGUGCGACUGAAGGAAAAAACUUCUGAUCUGAGAGAUCUGUGGGAGGAAACAAGCUUCCAGCUUGAAGAGCUUCAACGUUUGAAGUCUUGUGUGAAGCUUGAGAAAGAAGGCUUAAAAAGCCGAACGUCACCUUCAUGGCGUUUGUCUUUUACUCCUAAAUUCACAGAGAAGAAAAUAUUGACCACAGCCACAAAACCAAAGGUCGCUAUUAUUCGUGAAGAGGGUAGCAAUAGUGACAGAGAAAUGGCUGCUGCAUUCCAUUCUGCAGGUUUUGAACCAUGGGAUAUAACAAUGUCAGACCUCUUGACUCAGAAAAUUUCUCUAACAGAAUUCCGUGGGCUUGCAUUUGUUGGUGGUUUUAGCUAUGCAGAUGUUCUAGAUUCAGCAAAAGGCUGGGCUGCAUCUAUCAGGUUCAACCAGCCCCUCAUACAACAGUUCCAGGAGUUCUACAAUAGGCCAGACACAUUCAGCCUUGGAGUUUGUAAUGGGUGUCAAUUGAUGGCACUUCUUGGUUGGGUUCCAGGACCAGAUGUUGGAGGUUCCCUUGGUGUAGGUGGUGACAUCUCUCAGCCGAGGUUCAUCCAUAAUGAAUCUGGCCGUUUCGAGUGCCGGUUUACCAGUGUAGCUAUAGGGGAUUCUCCUGCUAUAAUGUUCAAAGGUAUGGAAGGCUCUACGUUGGGCAUUUGGAGUGCUCAUGGUGAGGGGAGAGCAUUCUUCCCAGAUGAAAACAUUUUAUCUGGUGUUGUUAAGUCUAAUCUAGCUCCUCUGAGAUACUGCGAUGAUUAUAAUAACGUAACAGAGGUUUAUCCCUUCAACCCCAACGGUUCUCCUCUUGGUAUUGCGGCCCUUUGCUCCCCCGAUGGAAGGCACCUCGCUAUGAUGCCGCACCCCGAGCGUUCCUUCAUGAUGUGGCAGUAUCCGUGGUAUCCCAAGGAUUGGCAGGUUGAGAAGAGUGGCCCCAGUCCUUGGUUGCGGAUGUUCCAGAAUGCACGUGAAUGGUGUUCAUAAAAAGCGUGCAGGGACCAAAAUUGAUAGCCCAUAUGAUGCUAUGAAGCAUGAUGAACUUUCUGCUGCAGAACUGAUGUGCUAUGGAUGAUCUAAUUAUGUUUGCACCUAUGUUAAAGUAUCAGAGUAUUUCAAUAAUUAAGCGCCAAGGACUGGUGGCCAAGGAAGCGUUGUUUGGAUAACUUAAGUUGUCGCGUUGAGCAUGGCAUGUGUUAUUUUGAAUAUGAGGAUAUACCUCCUGUUCUGUUUGUCACUUUGCCCGAUAAUUAUAUGCCCUAGUAACAAUGUAACUACCAGUUUUACGGGAACCAUUUGCAUGCCCGUGUAACACGAAUUUUUGAUCGGUUGAACCAGAUGGUGCUCCACGGCUCAAUCAUGAUCGUGGCAAAACUUUUGCUUAAGCUCAUUUGACUGAGGGGGUGUUUGGAUA